AUGCGUCUCCCUUGGAAACGCUUGAUCCGCUUUCGCGCCCUCGAUGGCCGCAUCUUGCGCGGCGAACCCAUCCUGCCGGCAGAGAACAAGAUCGAUCUCGGGCUGAUCACCGAAGCCGAUCAGCUGCAAGCCCGCGUGAUCCAAGGCCAGGAUAUAUACGAUAUAACGGGUGAAACCACCGUAACGGACGAGGUUGUGGUUGUGAAACAGAUCCUCUCCCCCCUGGCCCCCGGCGACGUACCCAUUCUACGCUGCGUGGGCCUCAACUACGCUAAGCAUAUCAAGGAAGCUGGACGCAAGCCCCCGCCCUUCCCCUUCAUCUUCUUCAAGCCGAACACCUGUGUGCAUGACCACGGCGAGCCUGUCGUGAUCCCGCGGAUCGCACAGAACGACCAAGCGGACUAUGAGGGCGAAUUGUGUCUCAUCAUUGGUAAGGACGCUAAGGAUGUCUCCCCGGAGCAUGCCCUAGAGUAUGUGGCGGCGUAUACGGCUGGCAACGACAUCUCCUCCCGUAAGUUGCAGCGCGAUCCCGCCUACGCCGGUGUUGUCCCGCAAUGGGGCUUUUCCAAGGGCUUCGACACCUUUGCGCCCCUGGGCCCUGUGCUAGUCGCAGCAUCAGAGAUCCCCGAUCCGUCGAAGUUGCACCUGAAGACCAUUGUUGACGGCGAGGUGCGGCAGGAUGAGACGGUGGAUGAUCUGCUAUUCGACUGCAAAUACUUGAUCUCCUAUUUGUCACAGGGCACGACAUUGCAAAAGGGCAGUGUUAUAAUGACGGGAACACCCGGAGGUGUGGGCGCCGGUUUUAACCCCCCGAAGUGGCUGGCUCCGGGAACUCAGAUGGACGUGCAAAUCUCACAGAUCGGGACCUUGAGGAACAAUGUUGUUUAUGCAUAG